UAAUACAUUUAUUUAUUCCUGAUAGGACUUAUAAAUAUAACGAAUUCCUAGUUUAAUUAUGAUGCAGUCACGUUUAUAACUAGCCAUCAUAAUAUAGAAUAUUGCGAAUUGUUGUGACACAAAACUGAAAAAUGGUUGUAAGACAAUACCAAGAGGAACUUAAAUACUUAGAAAAAAUAACUGAGAAUUGUUGGAGAAUAAAAAAAGGCUUUCAACCUAAUAUGAAGGUUGAAGGAGUAUUUUACGUGAACAAUACAUUGGAAAAAUUGAUGUUUGAUGAGCUACGCAAUGCGUGUCGACCAGGUGCAAUUGGAGGUUUCCUUCCUGGAGUGAAACAGAUUGCUAAUGUUGCUGCAUUACCUGGAAUUGUAUGGAGAUCAGUUGGAUUACCUGAUGUACAUUCUGGAUAUGGCUUUGCUAUUGGUAAUAUGGCAGCAUUUGACAUGGAUGAUCCAAAAUCAAUUGUAUCACCUGGUGGUGUAGGCUUUGAUAUAAAUUGUGGUGUUCGUUUACUACGAACUAAUUUAUUUGAAGAUGAUGUAUUACCAGUAAAAGAGCAACUUGCUCAAAGUAUGUUUGAUCAUAUACCAGUUGGUGUUGGUUCUAAAGGAAUUAUACCAAUGAACGCACGAGAUUUGGAAGAAGCAUUAGAGAUGGGAAUGGAUUGGUCUCUGCGAGAAGGUUACAUUUGGGCUGAAGAUAAGGAGCACUGUGAAGAAUACGGUAGAAUGCUCAAUGCUGAUCCAUCAAAAGUAUCAAUGAGGGCUAAGAAACGUGGCCUUCCUCAGUUAGGUACUUUAGGAGCUGGAAAUCAUUAUGCAGAAAUUCAGGUGGUAGAUGAAAUAUAUGACAAGUGGGCAGCUUGUAAAAUGGGUAUUGAAGAGAAAGGACAAAUUUGCGUUAUGAUCCAUUCGGGAAGCAGAGGAUUUGGUCAUCAAGUUGCUACAGAUGCACUUGUGGAGAUGGAAAAAGCUAUGAAGCGCGACAAUAUAGAAACCAACGACAGACAACUUGCAUGCGCUCAUAUCAAAUCUCAAGAAGGUCAGAAUUACUUAAAAUCGAUGGCAGCUGCCGCUAAUUUUGCAUGGGUUAACAGGAGUUCUAUGACAUUCCUUAGUCGACAGGCGUUUGCGAAACAAUUUCACUUAUCUCCUGAUGACUUGGAUAUGCAUGUUAUUUAUGAUGUUUCCCAUAAUAUUGCCAAAAUAGAAGAGCACAUAGUUGAUGGGAAACAGAAGACUCUUUUAGUUCAUAGAAAGGGAUCAACAAGAGCGUUCCCGCCGCAUCAUCCUUUGAUUCCUGUAGACUAUCAGUUAACAGGCCAGCCAGUUUUAAUCGGUGGUACAAUGGGAACUUGCAGUUAUGUCCUCACUGGUACAGAACAGGGCAUGAAAGAAACGUUUGGAUCAACGUGUCAUGGUGCUGGUCGUGCUCUCUCAAGAGCGAAGUCACGUAGAAAUCUGGACUAUAAACAAGUUUUGGACAAAUUAGAAGAUUUAGGCAUAUCCAUCCGGGUCGCUUCUCCAAAAUUGGUGAUGGAAGAAGCGCCAGAAUCCUACAAAAAUGUAACAGACGUCGUCAAUACUUGCCAUGCAGCUGGAAUCUCCAAGAAAUGUAUCAAAUUGCGGCCAAUUGCGGUCAUUAAGGGAUAAUCUUUGUCAAAAUACAUUUUAGUCACUCUUUGUACAUUGUGACAUAUUGCGAGUAUCUUUUCUAAAUAAUAUUUAUUAAAAUUCGUAUACUUCUCACACAGCAUAAAAAUUCGAUCGUUCACAUAUUAAUUGUAUAGCUAUUUUAUACAAUAUUGCAUUUUAUAUGAAUUGCAUGGAGAAGAUAUAAUCUCGAUAAGAUAUAUUAACAUCACAUUUAGUUAUGUAAUACAAGUAUGUAGAUUUACUGUGAAAUAUAUUUCUAUCAAUGUGUA